AUGGAGGACAACACACCCAGACCCAAAGAGUCCAUCUCUCUCGCAUCCGUGGCCAACGGUCUGGACAACAUGGGGGCUGAGCUCUCGGAAAGCCUGGAGGAAGGCCAGACCCCGGGCAGCGACUUGAGCCCUGCAGAGGGCAGGAACAGUUCGAGCAAAGCCAGCCAGGAGCCCUUCUCAGCAGGGAGGAGCCUGCAGGCCGCCCUGAGAGUGAGGCGCUUCUGCAGGGAGCACACACAGCUGUUUCGAUGGAUCUGCACAGGCCUGCUCAGUACCGCGUUUGCGGCCUUCCUGCUGAUUGCUUGCCUCCUGAAUUUCCAGAGGGCCCUGGCCCUGUUUGUCCUCACCUGUGUGGUCCUGGCCUUCUUGGCCCACGGCCUGUUGAAGAGGCUGCUGGGACCAAAACUGCGGAGGUGUGCCACGCCUCUGAGGCAUUCCCGCCUGAGCCUCUGGUUGAAGAGGGGUCUAGCCCUCGCUGCUUUCCUGGGCCUGGUCCUGUGGCUGGCUCUGGACACCGCCCGGCGGCCUGAGCAGCUGGUGUCCUUUGCAGGAAUCUGCGUGUUCAUCGGCAUCCUCUUUGCCUGCUCAAAGCAUCACCACGCAGUGUCUUGGCGGGCCGUGUCCUGGGGUCUUGGGCUACAGUUUGUACUUGGCCUCCUUGUCAUCAGAACAGAACCUGGAUUUAUUGCGUUCCAGUGGCUGGGCGACCAGAUCCAGAUCUUCCUGAGCUACACCGAGGCCGGCUCCAGCUUCGUGUUUGGGGAGGCUCUGGUCAAGGAUGUCUUUGCCUUUCAGGUUCUGCCCAUCAUUGUCUUCUUCAGCUGUGUCAUGUCCAUUCUCUACCACAUGGGCCUCAUGCAGUGGCUGAUCCUGAAGAUUGCCUGGCUGAUGCAGGUCACCAUGGGCACCACCGCCACGGAGACCCUGAGUGUGGCUGGAAACAUCUUUGUGAGCCAGACUGAGGCUCCUCUGCUGAUCCGGCCCUACUUGGAGGACAUGACGCUCUCUGAAAUCCACGUUGUCAUGACCGGAGGGUACGCCACCAUUGCCGGCUCCCUGCUGGGUGCCUACAUCUCCUUUGGGAUCGACGCCGCCUCUUUGAUUGCCGCCUCUGUGAUGGCCGCCCCUUGCGCGCUGGCCCUCUCCAAGCUGGUCUACCCGGAGGUGGAGGAGUCCAAGUUCAGGAGCGAGGAAGGAGUGAAGCUGAGCUCCGGAGAUGCUCAGAACCUCUUAGAAGCCGCCAGCAACGGGGCCGCCAUCUCCGUGAAGGUCGUUGCCAACAUCGCAGCCAACCUGAUCGCCUUCCUGGCCGUGCUGGCCUUCAUCAACGCUGCCUUCUCCUGGCUGGGGGACAUGGUGGACAUCCAGGGGCUCAGCUUCCAGCUCAUCUGCUCCUACGUCCUGCGGCCCGUGGCUUUCUUGAUGGGCGUGGCCUGGGAGGACUGCCCGGUGGUGGCCGAGCUCCUGGGGAUCAAGCUGUUUCUGAACGAGUUCGUGGCCUAUCAGGAGCUCUCCCAGUACAAGCAGCGCCGCCUCGCUGGGGCUGAGGAGUGGAUCGGCGCCAAGAAGCAGUGGAUCUCCGUCCGAGCAGAAAUCCUCACGACAUACGCCCUCUGUGGAUUUGCCAACCUCAGCUCCAUUGGCAUCAUGCUGGGAGGCCUGACCUCCAUGGCCCCCCAACGGAAGAGCGACUUCUCCCAGAUUGUGCUGCGGGCGCUCUGCACAGGGGCCUGUGUGUCCCUGGUGAACGCCUGUGUGGCAGGGAUCCUCUACGUGCCCUGGGGGGCCGAGGUCAACUGUACGAGCCUCCUGAACACGACCCUCAGCAGCAGCAGCUUUGAGGUGUACCAGUGCUGCCGCGAGGCCUUCCAGAGCACCAGCCCGGAGUUCAGCCCAGAGGCCCUGGACAACUGCUGUCGAUUUUACAACCACACGAUCUGUGCAUAG